CAAGAUCUCCUGUUUUCAUAGAAUCCUGUGGUCUCGUUCCCGUCUCACUCGACUCACUCAGUUCUUCAGGGGGACCCACAUCCUCUCACCUAAGAGAACCCCCAUGCACCUUUGUAGAACUUUAUUUCACAGAAAUUAGACUGCUGCACAUUUAAACUGGCUUGACUCCAUCAAAAUUCAAAACCAAUUGUAAAAAAUACAAAUAGUGAUCCAACUCCUUUGAAUGUUUCUGAAAUAACUUAAAAAGCUGUUAAGUGUGUUUUGAUAUUUUAGGUCAUAAUUGAAGCUGGGUUUAUAGGACUCGGCUCAGCUAGAGGUUACGCACCUGAGACCACAGGAGUGCAAACUGCUUCUACAUUCAAACACAUGUUUUGGGUCAGGCGGUUCUACGGAGUGUCACCUUGUCUUUGGCUCUCACUCGUCAAUAUGCCGUGUUUAUUAUUGCAAUCGAAGACCAAAAUGUUUUUGACGAUAUUUUCUAUGCAGAGCCACUUGACUACACACAGUACCGCAAAAUCCACCGCUUUAUAGCAUCUCACAGAGCGUCCAUUUUUCCACUUCCUGUCAACUGAGACACAGUAUAUUCAUUUAUAAGUGCGGUCAUUUUUCCACUUCCUAUCAACUGUGACAUUUAAUAUAUAGUUAUAAAACCGCAUGGCGGCCUUCAGGCCAGCCAGUUAACUUCAGGAGGGGUGACAUGCAGAUCAGCAAGCUCCUCCUCAAACAUUGCAUCAAAUGCAAUCUUGAUGCGAUGUGCUGCAAUGAGGCUCUUUGACACCUUGGAAGGCAUUUGGCCUGUGUGUCAUCUCACUCGAGCAGACUCCUUCCUGACACAGCAGUUCUCUACUUUGAAAUGGGUCGACAGUGGAUUUGCAUCCUGGCAACGCUGUUGUUUCACAACAGGUUAACUGUUGAAGCUGCAAUAGAGCAGAAAAUCAAAGAAGGGCAGAAGGUUGAAAUUCAAUGCAGUCCCUCUGAGUCUGGUUCCGUGGUUAUGUGGUUUCGAGUAUCGGACAAAUACAACAUCGAUUUCCUGGCAUCUUUCUCCAACAACGGCGUAUUAAAAUCAGAAAAGAACUCCUUCUCGUCCAUCUUCAAACGAAAACCCAAUGAGGACGUCAUUAGUCUGAACUCCUUCAACAAAGGCCGUGAUAGCGGCCUUUACAUUUGUGCUUCCCUAAAAAGCGGCGAAUUAAUAUUUGGCGAUGUCACCCGACUGACAGGAGAAAUUGUUGAAGCUUCUGCGGCCCCCACACUCAAACCCAAUCCACCCAUGAGCGUCUCGCCCUGUGCUUCUGUCGAUGCUACUAAGCGAGGUGACUCCAUGUUGUGUAAUCCCAUCAUACUGAUUCCACUGUUGGGCAGUUGUGCCCUUCUGCUCCUAAUCAUCGUCAUUAUCAUAGUGUACUGCAAUCGUAUGAGGACACGCAGAUGCCCACAUCAUUAUAAAAAGAGGCUGCAGAAGAAAACGGCUCCUGGAAACCAAUAACAACAGCAGCAGCAGUAUUGAUCUUUAUACAACUCUAGAAACAUUCUAUUGUGAUGACAUAUUUUAACAAAGUGUCACUGGAUGCGUAAAAAAAAGCUUUUCAACAAAAUUACGUGCUUAGCAGCUCCUAUUUUCAACUCCGUUCAAUGUGGUUCGGAUUUAGCGGCAAUGAGGAUUUACAAUUUUUUUCUUUUAUUUCUUAAUAACUAAACCGAAUGACGUUAUUUUUUGUUGAAGAGUCAGUUUGUUGUCGUGUCGUGGUAAAUGAUGAAUGAAUGUUAGACAUGUACUGUAGACGCCAAGAAUAUUUCUUCAUUCGGGUGAAUAUCAAAAGGUUUGUAUUGUUUUGCAUUCUCAUUUUAGUAUGUACAUUUCUCUAAAUUUUAAGGAUUGUAAAAAAAAGUAAAACGGUUUACUUUGAGAAUAAUUUAAUGUUCAUUUCUGAUUUUUAUAACAACCAUUUUUUUUUUGCCAAUACUGAAUUAGAAUUUAUUUUUGAAAUAUGUUUUUUUCUGGAUUAUAUUAUUUGCCAAAACAUCUAAAUAUAUGGUAUUUUAGAAUUCGUAUGUUUGAGACAGUAGGUGAAAUCGAAGAACAUUUACGUAUUUGAAUUUAAAAAAUGAAUCAUUUGCAUUGAUGCGUUGUCAUUGUUUUGUCAUUAAGGGUCUGCAAAAAACUUAUUUGCACAUUACGUGCAUAUUAUUUUAGAAUUCCCAAAAUUCUGAUAUUAGCAUAAAAAAAAAAGAGAACACUCAUUUGAAUUUUAAUGAAUCAUUUCUUUAUUUAUGUUCAUUGUUUUGUCACUAUAAUUCCAACAAACCCGCUCAUUUGCAUCACCAUCAGUCAUUCAGGAUCCUGGCUAAAAUAUAUAAACAUUCAAUGGUUUUAGCAAAAUAAAUGUUGAGUUUAAGCCCACCGAAGUGAACAGGAAGUGGGCUGCUAUACCAUUUUGCAACGUGAAAAACCACCAAGUCAGGAGUUUUUGUUCCUGUUACGGUGUAACACACACACACACACAAACGGAUCCCUUGCACCUAGAAAAAAAAAGUCAUGAAAGAUGUUCUAAACAGUAUUUAGCCUUUCCCACAUGAAGUAGUUCAUGUGUUUUUCAAAUUCCUUUUAGGCACAAAUGGUGUGUAAAAUACUCAUAGAGUGAUUAUUAGUAUUUAUUAUAUUUAAUUAGUAUUCCCAUAUCUAAAAUAUCUCACCUCUCAAACCCAAACAAAAACAGAGGGAGCCCUUUGUAAAUCAUACAGUGUUUUCUUAUAUAGAGAAAAAUAUUUUUUUGUAAGGUUUUUUUUUACAGUUUGUUGUAAACACCACCUUUGUUUACAAAGUGCAAUUGUGGACACCAGUACUUUUUACAAAAUAUAUACCAUAGACCCUACAGCUAUUUCUUU